AUGUCCACUGAGGCACAAAGAGUUGACGACAGUCCGGGCACUAGUGGAGGAAGCUCCGAUGGAGACCAGCGUGAGAGUGUCCAGCGGGAACCAGAGAGAGAGCAGGUUCAGCCCAAGAAGAAGGAGGGGAAGAUAUCCAGCAAAACAGCUGCUAAACUGUCUACUAGUGCUAAAAGAAUUCAGAAGGAACUUGCAGAAAUUACGUUGGACCCACCCCCCAACUGUAGUGCUGGACCCAAAGGAGACAACAUUUAUGAAUGGAGGUCAACUAUAUUGGGACCCCCAGGAUCUGUCUAUGAAGGAGGGGUGUUCUUUCUUGACAUAACCUUUUCACCUGACUAUCCGUUUAAACCCCCCAAGGUGACCUUCCGCACCAGAAUCUAUCACUGUAACAUUAACAGCCAAGGCGUGAUCUGCCUGGACAUCCUGAAAGACAACUGGAGCCCGGCCCUCACCAUCUCUAAAGUCCUCCUGUCCAUCUGCUCCCUGCUGACAGACUGCAACCCCGCUGACCCGCUGGUCGGCAGCAUCGCCACACAGUACAUGACCAACAGGGCGGAGCACGACCGGAUGGCCCGGCAGUGGACCAAGCGGUACGCCACAUAG